AUGACUUCUGAUAUUAAUUCUUUGGCUGGUGAAGCCUUAAAUACCAUUAAUGACGAAUUGCCUAAUGUAAUAUCAACUGAUGAGGCAACUGCAAAUUCCAGUUUCAUACUCAUCUUAGCUAUUACUCUUAUUGUUAUCUACAUAGGAUUGAUCUUCUCCGUUGGGCUUCCUCUUAGUCAAGAGGAAGGAGCAGCCAACCUUGGAUUUAUUGAUUUGCCUAUAGACGAUGAGAUACCUCACUCUGAUGCCGAACAGGAAACCUUUCAACAGCCCGAGAUCAAUUAA